CCGGUGACCGGUGUGUGUUGUUAUUUGCGAACAAGUUGAGGUUGGAAGGCCCACACACGACGAUAGAACCUGGACUCCACGAUGAGCGAAAUCAGAGCGAUGACGACGAUAUUACGCAGAAUGUUUAGCAAGAGAGCAAUUCCUGCCUCUCUAACCAAGCCACUCGCCGGUAUUCGUAAAAGAAUGGAAAUGAUAGAAAAGGAUGAAUCGGUUGAUGGUUUCGACGCUGAAGACGUAAGCGAAUUCGAGGCGGACUUUAUGAACAUCGGUAUGAGCCACAGGAUGUAUGAAAGAGAGACGAAAGUCAGGAAGGAGCGUCUUAAACAACGAAUCGCCAUCCAAAAGUGUUUCAAAGAGAAAGAGCCACGUUUUCUCACAUUUGCGGAAAACGAGUUGAUUCGUAAGUUACACAAUCACAAUCCCGACGAGUGGACGGUGGAGAAACUCAGCGAGAGUUUUCCUGCCUUACCAGAGACGAUACAAAAAAUCCUGCGGACUAAGUGGUCGCCAAAAUCGGUGGAGAAGGUUUUGCAGUACGACAAUGUGGCGGUUAAAAAUUGGGAGGAAUUCCGGGCGGGUAGACUACCGUUGAAUCCCAUACUCGGUGAGCACCUGAUGAAAUUUAAGAACAGGAAAAUUAUUUUGACAGACAGAGAAUCGUUAGCGGAACAGUUUGUCCCUAAGGUGGAGUUCAAGAAACCAAAGAGUCAAUUGUUCUCCAGUAUUGUACAAACUUAUUUAGAUGAGAAGGAAAAGAAAAGCGAUACGAAAUUAUUAUCGCAAGAGGAUAAUUCGAGCAAAGUGGCAGGUCGAUCCGAUUACUCCGAAAAUCAGAAUUUACUGACUGCGAGCGCUACAACCGAUAGUCCUACCGCUGUGAAAAAUACAGAGAAAUUUGCAUUGAACGAAGAACGAUCUUUUACAUUACAAUCGCGUAGAAAUUCGCAGAAAUUAAAUGUGCCAGUUACUAAGGAAGGUAAAUCACUUACAUUUGACGAAUUUGUAAGGACAAAGCUGGAAGAUGUACAGCAGGAGUCCCCGGAGGAAGGUAUCACUCUACUGAAUGUGUAUAGGAAGCAGGUGGAAGCCAGUCAAGAGAUGCAAACUGCAGAAAUUGCCGCAGCAUCCGACAAUGCGGUAACUCACGCCGAGGAGGAUACUUCAUCGAAGAUUGCACGACGAUCUGACAGAGAUAUUUCUAUACCUUCUAGGGACAAGCAUAAAGACUUCAAUAUCGUUGGGGCGGAUGACAAUUUGUUAGAUACAAGGGUCGAAGUGUGGAAGAAAAAAGCGGAUACAGAAUUAAACUAUGCUAAGCCAAUAAAGAUCGCGAAGCAUCUCUACAAACCAGGCAUGACGUAUCGGAUCAGAGAUUGUUAUUACGACGACGACGGGGAGUUUUUAUAUCGGGUUCCGGGUGUACAUGGUUAAAUGUCUCUUUAUAGAACUAUUAAUGUAUAUAAUAAAUUUGUAUGUAAUAUGCACAUAACUGAUACGUGAUAGAAAUAAAAGAAAACCGUGACUUCUCUAAUGUUAA